AUUUCCAGCCCAAUAUUUCUGGAGCUAGGUUUAUUUAUCGUCGCCACUCGCCACCAAAGAAAUUUGCGGAGGAAUUCUAAAUCGCAGUCUGAGUUUUGCAGAGACAAUGUCGACUGUCGGAGAACUUGCUUGUAGCUACGCUGUUAUGAUCCUUGAGGACGAGGGCAUUGCCAUCACUUCUGAUAAGAUUGCGACUUUGGUCAAAGCUGCUGGUAUUGAGGUUGAGUCUUUCUGGCCAAUGCUAUUUGCCAAGAUGGCUGAGAAGAGAAAUGUCACCGACCUCAUCAUGAAUGUUGGUGCCGGUGGUGGUGGUGGCGGUGCCCCAGUGUCUGCUGCCGCACCUGCUGCUGCUGGAGGAGCUACUGCUGCUGCUCCUGCUAAGGAGGAGAAGAAGGAUGAACCCGCAGAAGAGAGUGAUGGAGAUCUUGGUUUCGGCCUGUUCGAUUAGUUGUCUCCUUGUUUUUUGUUUUAACUCUUCCUAUGUUCUAUUGCUUUAGUUGCUUUGAGAUUUUAAGUUUUGACAUUUCGACACUACUACACUUUGGUCCAUUUAUAUCAUGUACUGGAGUUAUAGCAAUUGGCUCACUACCUUCUUUGUAGUUUAUGAGAGUUAUCUUAUGUACAAAUACAUGAGUUUCUCUCUUGUUUUCUUGCUAUUGAAUUUGAUUUUUGGAUUCA